AACACAUCUAUUGGAGUGAUACAACAAGAGAAUUUGGUUGAAAGUGAGGAUGGAAUUUUAAGUCGAGAAGAAUUAGUAGAAGUUACUGUUGAACAAGGGCCAAUAAAUUCAGAAAUGGUAACUGCAGAUGAAGAAAAGGAGGAUGAGAUUGAUUAUGAUGAUGACCUUCCUUCUAGUGAUGAUGAAAUGUUGGUGCUCGGUGAAGAUACAAAUGAUGAUUUGUAAUCAUGUAUUUUGUUCAUUUUGGUCUAGUGUUGGUGUGUUAUGGUUUUUGGUAAUUAGUAGGUACAAUGGAAUGAGUUGUUUUAUUAUAAUAUUUAGGUAAUAUUAGUGUUAUUCUUAUUGCAUGGU